AAAAUGAAAAUGUGGCUUUAUUUAAUAAAAACUUAAAAAUAUGGAAAUAUUUUUCCAUACAACUAACUUAAAUUGUAAAAAAGCCAUAAGUUAAGUAAAUCUCUAAUUUUUCUAUAUCUAUGAAAUUUAAUGAAAAAAUGCCAUAUUCUACGUAAUUUCCUCUAUUAAAAAUUCCCCAAAAAUUAAGGACUAGCGCAGUUCAUUACAGGCCGUUCGGCCCAUAUUUGUUGGGUUCGGCCCAUUAAUUGUGACAGUGCCACCAACCUCUCUCCCAUCACUAUCAAACUACCUCAGCCGCAUAUAGCUUCCUCUGUGCUCUGCUCUUUACUCCCCCUUUUUCUUCUUUUUAUUUGGGAUAAUAAUAAUAAUAAUAUGACGAUGUGUUUUAGAAUCCGACCCAAUACCACACUUUCUCUCCCUUUCUCGGCUUCCAAACACCUCCUCAAACUCAACCCCAAACCCUCUCUUUCCUUCACACCCCACUCUCACUCUUCCACCUCGUAUUACUCCUCCAAGAUAACAAUGUCUUCUUCCCCAACCCAAACCAUCGAGCACAUCGUCCUCUUUAAGGUCAAAGACGACACCGACCCGUCUAAGGUAAACGCCAUGGUUAACGGACUCAGCAGCCUCAAAUCGCUCGAUCAAGUCCUCCACAUCACUGCCGGACCACUUCUCCGGAACCGAUCGUCCACGCUCAACUUUACUCACAUGCUCCAUAGCCGUUACAGCUCGAAAGACGACCUUAACGCUUACUCUCAGCACCCUAAUCAUAUGAGCGUAGUUAAGGAAUCGGUCCUCCCAAUCUGCGAAGACAUCAUGGCCGUCGAUUGGGUUGCCGAGGAUCUUCAAGGUCCAGCUUCCCUAUCUCCGGGCUCGGCGUUGAGGGUGACUUUUUUGAAAUUGAAGGAGAAUCUGGAGGAAGAGAAGAAAUCUGAGAUUUUGGGGGUAAUUAAAGGGAUUAAGAAUAGUUUUGGGCAGAUUUCUCAGCUCACUUGUGGGGAGAAUUUCUCACCAGGGAGAGCCAAGGGGUAUUCGAUUGCGUCAAUUGCUGUUUUUCCUGGUCAGAGCGAAUUGGAGACUUUGGAUUCGGAUGAGGAGUUGGUGAAGCUGCAGAAGGAAAAGGUUAAGGAGCAUUUGGAAAGUGUUGUCGUUGUUGAUUAUUUAGUGUCGUUGCCUCAAUCUGCCAGUCUGUGAGUUUUCAAUUUCAUUGUUGUGAAAAUAGAACUGAGAUGAGAGAAUAAGGCUUCAGCUUUUGGAAUAUCAAUGAGAUGACUUUCUCUUCAUAUCUUUUCACCAUAUUGUGAUCUGAAAGUAAAAUUAUAGAUUGUAAUGUGGUUUAAUGCAUGAAACUUAGCUCAUUUUCUUCAAAA